AUGGCUGGGUGGCGUUACACGCAUGGCUGGGUGGCGUUACACGCAUGGCUGGGUGGCGUUACACGCAUGGCUGGGUGGCGUUACACGCAUGGCUGGGUGGCGUUACACGCAUGGCUGGGUGGCCUGGCAGUCACCUUCCCGCGAAUGGCACGCGCACGCUGGUCCCAAUCUGGACCUCCCUCCCCAUCCACCUUCGUCACCUGCCUAUCCCCUUCCCCACACCCCUCCCGUUCCCCCUCCCCACUCACCUUCCCUUCCUCUAACCCGUCACCCUCCCCGUCCCCCCUUCCCUUCCACUUCCCCAUCCCCCUCCCGUUCACUGCAUGUCCAACGUCGCAUGCCAAUGUUCCCUCAUCCCCGCAUUCCCCCCAUCCCCCCAUCCCACAUUCCCUCCAUCCUUCCUCCCCCCAUUCCCAUCUUCCCCUCCCCUCCCCGCCAGCCCUCUUCCGUCACAGUGAACCUGCAGUGGCCCUCGCCACAUGCGCCUGGCAAGUAACGCUGCUGGACGGCGGCGUGUUCGGCCCCUCACUGCCCCACCUGCUCGCCCUGCACAUCGCCGGCCGGCCCCUGCUCACUGGACUGGACCUAGAGACUUCCAGCCGCCCCCUGCUUUCCCUCUUCCUCAACCCAUGCGCGCAUGCUGCCGCUGCAUGCAUUCUCUGCAUGUCCGUGGGCUUCCUCGUGCCUGCUGACGUGGCGGACAGAGUGGGGGUGGCUACGUGCUGGUGGUGGACAUGCCUCUUGGCUUGGGGGAUGUGUUUCCGGUCAGCCCAGCUGGACGCAGCGGGUCUGACAGUCUCCCGACUGCCAAUUUCAUCCUCCCUUGCAUUUCCCCUCCCCUGGCUUGCAGGCUUGCCCCUCCCCGUCCCUCCCAAGGACCCUCUUGCCUUGCCCCUCCCGGUCCCCCCAAGGAUCCCCUUGUUUUGCCAUAGCAUCCCCUCCCUUGCCUUGCCGUGCUCGCCCCUCGCUGCUUAA